UACCUGUCUGCCAAGAUCCGAUGGGCGCGGCUGGGAGCUGAGCCCACUUCUCUGUUAUGACUUGCAUGAGAAAGUUAAGCGAGUGGACUGAGAGUGACACGCCAGAACAUCCCACCACCAGCGCCGGGCUGGACUUCUUAUAUACUUUCUGCGCUGCUUCACCCAAAUCAGUUGGCAUACAUCUUGGCAAGCUGGAUUUUAACACGUCGUCUCUGUAAAAAGUGACGUGAAGUGUUUUUUUGUAAUCGACUUCGCUCAAGAUAACGUUGGAUGGACGAUCUAACAACAAGACAGAGAAACUUCUCAGACAUAUCGGGAGAAAAUGUCUUGACAGAAACUAUAAUUUCCUCGAGCAGACUGGCUUCCCUGCCUCCAAAGGGAACCAGUGGAUCAAAUCACAGGAACAUGUCCAGUGGUGGAGGAGGAGGAGGAGGAGGAGGAGGAGGAGGCGGAGGGCUGGAGAAGAAUGUCUUAACCCAGAACAGCGGUGGAAGUUUUUUCUCUUCAACCUCCGUGGGCGUGAACGCCAGCAGCAACUACAGCUCCUCUUCGGGGGUCUACCUCGGGGGGGACUCCUCCGGCGGCGGAAGCGGUAGUCGCGGCGUGGGAGGCGGUCGCUACGGCGACCUGGACGGCUACGGCAGCGGCGGGAACAGCAGCGGCGGCGGCUACGUGGUGACCUCCGUGUCCAAGGUCAGGUCCAGCUCCUCCGGGGGCGGCGGCACCGGGAGCGGGCGGAGGCUGCAGAGCGCCGGCCUGGCGGGGGGGCCGUCGCCGUCGUUCCGUGACAGGAAGAACGUGGCGAGCCGCUCCGGGGGCUACGAGGGAAGUUCCAGCGGCAACUCCUCACCAGAAUUGUCCCGCAAGGACUAUGGAAACUAUUGUGCCAAUGGCCCAAGAGGGCGGAGCCAGAGCCGAGAGAGUGAGAUCAGAGCCCGCCUCCAGAGUGCCUCUCCCACUGCCUGCCGAUGGACGGAGCUGGAUGAUGUGAAGAGGCUGCUGAAUGCUGGGAGGUCCAGCAGCGUGAGCCCCACCCGUUCCUCCACCCACUCCACCACCCUGCCUGUCCCCAGGAAGGCCACGGCCGAGGCCCGGGUCAGCAGCGAGUCCUCACAGACGGUUUCGACCCACUUUGAGAACAAACCCAGAUCCGGCACGUUUCCCAUCGGCUUCACCAACGGCCAUCACGACAUGGCCGUGCAGACGAGCCAGUCCACCCAGUCCGCCGCCCAGUACGGCUCCGAUGGGCUGAAGGUCUCCCAGUUCGACAGCGGUUUGAAAACCAACCACUACGACAUGAACGGGAAACUGGGCCAAUACGACAGUUUGAAGUCCGGCAUGUACGACUCCACCGUGACGUCCGACCACUACGACUCGGGUAUCAUCCCCGGUAUAUUCGUGGGCACCGCCAAAGCCGGCCAGUACAACGGCGGCACCAAGUCCAGCCAGCAGCAGUACGAGAUGACCACCAUCAGGUCCUCCGUGGGCCAGGACUCCAGCGCCCGGUCGGGCUACGGCUACGACGGCACCGCCCGCUCGGGUCAGUACGAAACGGCCACGCUGGACGCCAGCGCCCUGCCGCUCUUCAACUGGUCCACCAACGCCCUCCUCACCUCCCCCACCACCGCCGUCACCUCCCACGCCGCAGCCAACGUGGCCGCCGGCGCCGCCGCGGGCAGCACCAGCAGCUACGUCUACCAGAGCAGCACCAACAACAUGGGGGGCACCGGCCCCAUCAUCGGCACCACCCCGUCCUCCCUCUCUGUCUACGGCUUCCAGAACAAUCUGGGACCUACUUCGAGCACUGUGCUUACUACCAGCGGUGCUAACGUCACUGCCGGCACAGGGGGUUAUGGAGUACAGAAGAAUGUCUCCAGCGGUGGUCUCCUCAGCACUGGAGUCUCUGGAACCACAAGAGGUCAGACAGAAGAUUCGUACAAGAAGGACUUCAAAUACGUGAUCUUUGACAAGGAGAACGUUGUAGCCAAUAAGGACACAGAGGUGUUGAUCCUCGCCAAGGACAGCGGCAAGCAGUUCACCAGCAGCGGCAUUCAUCUAGGAAGCGGCUCUCUUUCCGGUGACUCCAUGAAAAAGGAGAAGAUGGUUUCCAGCUAUACUGAAGGAGCUCAGAUGAAACAAGCCGGCGGCAAUUACUAUGGAUCGUCUGGAGUUCUCAUGAAAGACAAGGCAACGUAUGCAGAGAUCCGGGAGGACGACGGCUGUGGGGGAGGAGGAGGGGCCUUCUGCUGCUGCGCCGACUCCUGCUGCUCCUGGUGGAAGUGGCUGCUGGGCCUCCUGCUGCUCGCCCUGCUCCUCCUCGGACUCCUCUUUGGACUCCUGGCCAUGGCUGAGGACGUGAGGAGGCUGAAGAACCGCGUCUCGGCCCUGGAGGCGGAGUCCUCGGUGGCGUCCGUGCGCUCCAGUCGUCUCUCGGCCUCAGACAACCAGAUCCACCUGAUCAACGCCGGUGGUGCCGGGGCUGGUACCGCUGGUGGUGCCGCCGCCGCCGCUGGUGCUGGUGGAGGUGUAGCUGCAGGCCAUGGUGGUGCAGGUGGUGGUGCAGGUGGUGGUGCAGGCGCUGGUCAUGCAGGUGGUGUUAUAGGGGCGGGUGGUGUUGGUGGAGGAGGAACAGGCACCCACUUAAACAACGACAUCACGCUGCACACGGGUGGAGGAACUCACGCCGGCACUGGGGUUGGAGUCAGCACUGGCUUCGCUGGUGGGGCUGGUUCUGUUGCUGGUGCUGGCGCUGGUGGUACUGGUCAUGCUGGUGGUGCUGGUUCUGUUGCUGGCGCGGGAGCUGGUCAUGCUGGUGGUACUGGCGGAGGCGGUGGUAACACUAAUAUCUACAUUGGUGGUGGUUAUGGUGGUUAUGGUGGUGGUCAUGCUGGCGGCACUGGUUCUGUUGCUGGUGGUUACGGAGGAGGUGCUGGUCAUGCUGGCGGUACUGGUUCUGUUGGUGGUGGUCGCUAUGGUGUUGGUACUGGUGUUAGUGGUGGUACUGCAUAUGGUGGUGGUACUAGUUUUGGUGGCACAUCUGGCACAUCUGUCGGCAGCGGAACUGCUUAUGGCGAUGGUGGUAGCGCUACCAGGAUCGGUGUCGGUACGGGUGUUAAUGUAGGUGCCGCUGGAGGCACUGGUGGCGUCAGUGGUGGAAGUGGUGGAGUUGGCGUUGGCAUGGGAACGGGAUAUGUUGACAGUCAAGUCCUUCAGCAGACCAUCCAGCAGAUGCUGCAAACUGAAAUGCAGUCGCACUCCUUCAGAGCUCUGAUAAUGGCCUCGUCUAGAGGAGAGAGAGGGGAGCCGGGGGCUAAAGGAGAUUCAGGAAGCCCAGGAUUGAAAGGUGAUACUGGAUUUUCAGGAACCCCAGGUUCUCCAGGUCAUGCCGGCCCCGAGGGGCCAAAAGGACAAAAAGGAAGUGAAGGGGAGCAUGGGUCAGAGGGGCCCCAGGGCAUCAGGGGCCGUGACGGGGCCACCGGCCCCAGGGGAGAACCAGGGGUCUCUGGCUUUGGAGAGAAGGGGGAGAGAGGUUCUCCAGGAACCAGCGGUGGCGCUAGCUCCACGGGCCCGCCUGGGCCUAAAGGUUCUUCUGGCACACCUGGGAUACCAGGCCAACCCGGUUCUAACGGCUACCGAGGAGAGGCGGGACCACCCGGGCUUAAAGGGGACAGAGGGAGUGGAUCUCCAGGAAUCAAAGGGGACCGAGGUGAAAAGGGACAAGGAGGUAAUACUGGUUUAUCAGGACUUCCGGGACUGGACGGACCGAAAGGAUCUAGAGGUGUUGCUGGAAUUGAUGGACAGAGAGGACCCGCAGGUGGGCAAGGAGCUUCCGGCCCACCUGGAAUCAGAGGACCCACAGGACCACCUGGAGAUGCUGGUAACACAGGCACCCCAGGGCUACAGGGACCACCAGGUAUACCAGGGACUCCGGGACACCCAGGAUCUAGGGGUCAAACUGGUGAACCAGGAAGAGUCCUCAAUGCAGCUGGCUCCAGUUCUGUGGGCAUCCCAGGCCCCCCCGGUUCUUCUGGACCCCCCGGACCUGCCGGAUCCCCUGGACUAUCAGGUCCCAUUGGCCCUGCUGGUCUUCCUGGCCCAGCUGGUCCUAGAGGUGCCAAGGGAGACGCAGGAAUAUCAGUGAGAACUACAGAGACCGUGAGCUCAUCCAGAGCUGAAAGACAGUUUGGGUCCUCUGCUGCUGGGGUCCCCGGCCCCCCUGGUCCCCCGGGACAGCCUGGGAUACCGGGACGUCCAGGGGAUUCGAUAUCAGGACCCCAGGGACCCCCCGGCCGCCCUGGAGUGUCAGGUUUUGGAAAACAAGGUCCUAAAGGAGAGAGAGGAGAACCCGGCGGCAGCGCUGUGUCCAGCUCAGGAACAUACUUCACUGGACCCCCAGGAACCCCAGGGCCUCCGGGACCCAAGGGGUCCUCAGGUUCUCCUGGACCAAUGGGAUACCAAGGUGAAAAGGGAGAGCAAGGAACGCCCGGAAGAUCAGGAAGCUCAGACAGAGUGGUGUCCUACGGUGCCGGUCAGGGGCUCCCAGGACCCCCCGGGCCCCCAGGCCCUCAGGGACCAAUGGGAUACAAAGGGGACACUGGAUCACCUGGUGUUCCUGGUAUCGCCGGCUCCUCAAGAGGCACCUACUCGGCCACCUCUGGGCCCCCAGGACCCCCCGGUCCCCCGGGCGCUCCUGGCCACCCUGGAUCCUUCUCCUCCUCCGUCGAGAUGCGGCAGUACAUCGGCGAAUACCUCAGCAGGAGCAGACAGUCCAGCAUCCCCGGCCCCCCAGGCCCUCCAGGGUCCCCGGGAAUACCGGGAACCUACUCCGGGUCCCUGGAGGAUUUGUCCUCUCGCAUCAUUGUCUACUUGCAGCGUUCUGGGUCUGGUUUCAGCGUAGGGGCCCAGGGCCCCCCCGGACCACCCGGCCCGCCAGGAUCAGGAUCACUCACCCUCAACGCUCUCAUCGCUAUGCUACAGAGGGACGACGUCAGAAGGUACAUGACAGGCCCACAAGGACCUCAAGGGACCCCCGGCCUCCCAGGCACGCCGGGGACAUCGGCAGGAGGCGUGGCCAACUAUAACGUCCAGGAGAUAGCCACCUACGUCUUCAGAAUCAUGAGCGAGAGAGGGAUGACCAACGGGGGACAGCCCGGCCCCCAGGGGCCCCGCGGCCUCCCCGGGCCCCCAGGUCCAGGCCAUGGAACCACGACCGCCACCAUUGACUACAACACUCUCACCAGAAACUCAGAGUUCAGGGCGCUGGUGGCCCGCGCCACGGAGCGGCCCGGCCUGCCCGGCCCCCCAGGGUUCCCAGGAGGCCCCGGCCCCCAGGGGCCACCGGGGCCCCCGGGUCUCUCCUCCACCUCCACCGUUUACGGGUCCUCGGGUCAGGGCGGCUACAGGAUGGAGGACAUCCAGAAGUACCUGCAGAGCUCCGGGUUCAGAGGGCUCCAGGGGCCUCCCGGUCCUCCCGGCCCCCAGGGGCCCCCAGGGCAGUCCUCGGGCGUAGUGACCUACAGUGGAACCCAGCAGCCCAGAGAAAUCAUCCGACUAGAGCUCCAGGAGUACCUCAGCAGCGACAACGUGCGGAGGGCCAUCCAGGGCCCACCGGGGCCCCCGGGCACGCAGGGCCCCAGGGGCUACCAGGGAGAACGCGGGCCCCCGGGGCCGGUCCAGGGCUUCCUCCAGAGCCAGAGCUUCUCCCAGGGAGCCUCCAACCGCGACUCCGAGGGCCGCGUGACCAUCGACGUCAGCACCCUGGCGGAGAACCUCGACUACUCCAGAGUGGCCUCCAGAGUGUCCGACUACAUCAGGGACCAAGGCCUACUGCAGGACUAUGUCAGGGAGGGGGCCGUGAGGACGACAGUCAGGGCCGUCCAAGGGCCUCCUGGGCCACCCGGUCCCCCCGGACCUAUUGGCUACAGCCGGGUGAUCGGGGCCUACGGCAACGUCACCGCUGACCUCAUGGAUUUCUUCAGGACAUACGGUACCGUCCCGGGCCCAAUGGGGGGACCUGGUCCCAAGGGAGACAGAGGAUACCCAGGACCCACUGGAGAAAAAGGAGAGACCGGGAAGACAGGGGCCCCGGGACUACCAGGGCUCCACACCAUCCACACCCAGCACCGCGUGGAGAAGAGAGACGCAGAUGAAGCCCGGGAGGUUCGUCGACAGCGCCGGCGCCGGUCCACUGGAGUCUAGCAUCUCAUAGGGAUAUGAUAUUUACACAUGCGUCUUUACACAAUUAUACACACAGGACAUACAGUACCAGUGGCUCAUGCUAGGCUUCCUCCGCUUGCCUUGUGUAGUGAAGUCCAGUGGUGAGAUACAGAGAAUAGAUUGCUAUGGCAUAGAGAAAAAAAAAAAGCAGUUUAUAUCAAAUGGCUUGAAUUUAGGCAGUGUUGCAGGUGCUUUUAAGGUCUGUGUUCUUUAAGGUCCAGGUCAUUUUUAUAAAAGUAUUUUUAGUGUUACGUUUGUUGUAUUUUCACUUUUUUAUCUGGUGAUAAGGCUUUGAGUAGGGAUUGUUUUUUGCAGAUAACCGUAGUUCUUCAGGCAAUAAUAAGCAUAUGAUAUUUUGCACUACGUUAGUCUUUCUUCCUGUGUUGACGAUUUUAUUUUUUAGUUAAGGCUCAAUUCAGUAUUUCGUUUAUAAGAUGUGUAUGUUUUAACCUUGGGUGUCCAUAAUACUUAAAAAGAACUACAACAUUUUUUAUUCAAGAUAGUUAGGAAUAUUUCCAGACAUAACAUUAAACCAAGCAAAAUGUCCAAGCCUCCUAUUCCCUUGAAGGCAAAGCACUUUGUUACAUACAGUAGGAGAAAGCAAAGCAUUCCUGGUGUAAAGCUGGGUUUAAAAUGUGCUUUAUUUUGGCCUCAGAGGAAUAAGGGUGGCUUCAGGUAUCCGUGAAGGAAAUUAACACCGAUCAACUAUCCCCUUGUAAGUUGAAUGCAUGCCAUGCAUUUGUAUUGGUUGCAAUCACGAGAAGGGCUAGUAGUUUUUAAUGGUAGCAGUUUCAGGAAAGCUGCUACCAAAGAAAACACAAUUCCCUUCCCGUUUGAAGAUGAACGCGAAGGUCCAUAUCAGCGCUAUAUAACUAGCAUUCCAGCAAAGUGUUGUUAGCCAGUAAAUCCUCCCCCUCCAUCUAGUUUUAGAUGUUGUUUUUAAAUCAUGAUUUUUUGUCAGUUUAAAAAAAUGGUAAAAAUAAUUCACACUUCAGAAGAUACUUGCAAUGCUAGGGCCUUAUCAUUACUGAUUGGAAUGUAUAUUUUUUGUAUGAGAGAUGAAAUUGUAUUUAAGUGACAGGAAAACAGUUCUAAGUUAUAAAAAAAAUUAAAUAUGGAAGCAAUUUUUCCCAGGUUAUAUUUUGAAAGGAUUAUGGUGUUUUGGUAACAUUUGCAAACAUGAUCCAAUUUCUAAGACACUUAAAUAAAUCUAUUUUUGGAAUUGUGA